AGGAAUAAUCAUUUGUCAUUAUUCCAUUAUAUUCUCCCUUUUAUCUUUAAGGAAAGCAUAAAGUUCAAAGAAAAAAAAAAGAGAGAUAAGGAUGAUGAAAUUUCAAUUUUUGAAAUAGAAUCAAAUCCAUACCUUUUGAAUUACUUCAAGAAUCAAAAUUACCCUUUUUCUUUUCUUUUUUUUGGGUACCUCAACAUUCUUUCAAAUUUUGAUUUUUUUUUAUGGGUACUUUCAACACCAAAACCACAAAUUUAGAGCUUUACACUACUCUAGGAUUAGAUAAAUCACCAAUUAAAGAAGAUGAACCUGAAAAACCUCCUCAAGUUAUCUCAUUCAUAGCUUCUAUUCUUGAAAAAACCAUUCAAAAAAAUGGGAAACUAUUAAAGAGAUCAUCAAGAAGUAAAGAUAAUGUUACUAUCUACCAUGGUAUCAAAGCUCCUACGUUGAGCAUACGCCAGUAUAUUGAGCGCGUAUUUAAGUACUCAAAAUGCAGCCCUUCUUGCUUUGUUGUAGCCUAUAUUUAUAUGGAUAAAUUCAUUCAAGCUACAAAAUGUUACCUUACUUCGCUCAAUGUUCAUCGCCUUCUCAUUGCUUGUGUUCUUGUGGCUACCAAGUUUAUUGAAGACGUUUCAUACAACAAUGCAUACUUUGCGAAAGUUGGAGGUGUGAGCAUAGCAGAGAUGAACAAGCUAGAGAUGAAGCUACUACGCAGCCUUGACUACAGGCUUCACGUCACACUGGAGUUGUUCGAUCAAUAUUGUCUACAGUUGGAGAAGGCAGGUGGUGGGAGCGAGAGAGUCGAACGAGCAACCCAAAGCUGUGGCUUCAAAGGUAGCUGGCUGAAGAAAGACGAGACCAAAUGCAACCCGAAAUUUGGUGGAUAUACCUGUGGAGCCAUAUAGUUGUAAACUUUUAGCCACUAGUGUCCCAAACAUAAUGGGAUUCUAGAGAGAAAGCAGUUUGAUGAUCUCAAAUUCUCAAUCUACACAGAUAAAAACAUUCUAUUUCUUCA